AUGAACAACUUCUCAAUCAGCAAUUACCUUUCCUUGUUUCUGUCCACCAUCGUCAUCCUACUCGUGGCGGCUGGAGAUUCGCUACCUAUCUACACUCCGGUGGAAGAUUUCACCGUCAAAUGUGGCUAUUCCGGCAACAAGAUCAGUGAAGAUGAUGGCCGAAAUUGGAUUGGAGAUAUCAACUCAAAAUUUUCCCCCCUUGAACGCCAAGCAGUUGGUAACACAUCCAUAUUCAAACAAGCACCUCAUUCGAACACCGUCCAACAAGUGCCUUACACCACAGUGCGACUUUCUCUCUCUGAAUUCACUUACAGUUUUAAACUCACUAGCGGCCCGAAGUUCAUCCGCUUGUAUUUCAACCCAGUUUCUUAUGGCCCUGACUUUGACCGAUCCAAAGCCCUCUUCUCAGUCAAAGCCGGGGGCUUUAACCUUCUUCACGACUUCAAUGCUUCGGUCACUGCCGAUGCGUCUAGGUUGGACAGAAUAUACAAAGAGUUCUGUUUGAACAUGGAUAAAGAAGAGAGCUUGGACAUCACAUUCACUCCGAGCAUAACAAUCCCAGAUGCGUAUGCGUUUAUCAACGGAAUUGAAAUUGUGUCCAUGCCCGCCCAUCUUUACUACGGUUUACCUAAAAGUGGCCGUCAGAUUGAAAUUAUAGGCACCGGAAGCUACUUUUCCCUCGACAACAGCACUGCUCUAGAGAUGGUCUACAGAAUAAACGUCGGUGGAAACUCAAUCUCUUCCAAUCAAGACACUGGCAUGUACCGCAAUUGGGAUGGUUUCAGAGAGGAGCGGAAUUACUUGGACAAUUUAAGUUUAACAAGAUCCGUUCCGACACAAAACUUGAGUAUUCAACUCAACUUUUCUGAAAUACCAGCGUACACAGCGCCAAAGCAAGUUUACCAAACUGCCCGGUCGACGGAAACAAACGUUACCAUGAACGAGAUCUACGUCAAUCUCACCUGGGAAUUCCCUGUAGAUUCCAUGUUUUCUUACCUGGUUAGGCUUCAUUUUUGUCAGUUUCAAUUCGCUACAAUAUAUCAGUGGUUUCAUAUUUACAUAGCCAAUCAAACCGCUUCACGAUACAGUUACAGUGACAUACCAGAGACAUUUCCAUUUGUCUUUGAAAAUGAGACUCCAAUCUAUAUGGACUACAGAGUGUUUAUGUCUGGCCCCGGACCCGAGAGCAAAGUUAAUCUCUCUAUCGCACAAGAACUAGUGUCUUCCAACGAAAAUGCAUGGCUGAAUGGUCUCGAAAUCUUCAAACUGAUUUACCAAAGUGGUAAUCUCGCCGAUCCCGACCCACCAAAGGGUACGACGUCAAGCUCAAAAAUACCCAAAAACAAGGGAAGGACACGUAUGCUUGCCAUCGUCGCCGGUAUAGUUUCCGGCGUACUGGUGCUUUCUGUCUUCACAUUCCUUGUCUUCAGACAAAGAUGGAAAGUCAAGUCCUCUGGCUCCACCCAAGGGACGACUAAGUCAACAAAGACCUACGAGUCAUCUUUACCGUCUGAUUUGUGUCGUUCCUUUUCACUUACUGAGAUCAAAGCUGCCACCCAAAACUUCAAUAAAACUUUAAUUAUUGGAGUAGGAGGAUUUGGUAACGUGUACAAAGGCUGUAUUGAUGGUGGCGCCACCCUUGUUGCAAUCAAACGACUGAAACCAGAGUCAUCACAAGGGGCUCAUGAGUUUAAGACAGAAAUCGAGCUGCUCUCUCAACUCCGUCACCGCCAUUUGGUUUCACUCAUUGGGUUCUGCACCGACAAAGGCGAGAUGAUCUUGGUCUACGAUUACAUGGCACGUGGGACUCUCGGUGGCCAUCUCUACCGCUCCGAUAACCCACCUCUUUCGUGGGAACAACGGCUUCAAAUUUGUAUUGGUGCAGCGCAAGGGUUGUGCUACCUUCACAGCGGUGCCAAGGGCUCUGUUAUUCACCGCGAUGUGAAGAGCACAAAUAUUUUAUUGGAUGAGAAAUGGGUGGCAAAGGUUUCGGAUUUCGGGUUGUCCAAAAUGGGCACAACCACCAUGUCCAAAACCCACAUCAGCACUGCGGUGAAAGGUAGUUUCGGGUAUUUGGACCCGGAAUACUAUCGAUGUCAACGGCUGACUGAGAAGUCUGACGUGUACUCCUUUGGUGUCGUGUUGUGCGAGGUGUUGUGUGGGAAGCCAGCUUUGAUUCAUACGGCGGAGGGGACUCGAAUGAGCCUUCCUGAGUGGGCCAGGAGAUGUCAUCGCGAUGGUGAACUUGAUCAAAUCAUCGACCCAAGUUUGAGGGGUAUGAUUGUAGCCGAGUGCCUGAAUAAGUUUGGUGAGAUCGCUGUGAGCUGCAUCCAGGAUAAUGGGGUUGACCGGCCUUCGAUGAAUGAUGUUUUGAGGGAGCUUGAGCUUGCCUUGCAGCUUCAUCAAAAGAGCAUUGGAAUUAAGGGUGACAAUGAGGUUGCCUUUUACAGUGACACUGCUGCCAAAGCUAGUAGCAGUGAGCUGACUUGUGCAACCGAUCAAUCUAUUCAACGUAUAUCCGGGACAAUCUUUUCUGAGAUUAACGAUCAGAAUGGAAGAUGA